GUGGGCAGCAGGUGCCACCGGAAGUGUGUGUGCGGUCCAUCCCUGUCUGCUGAACAAGAGCCGGCUAACGGAGCCGCCGCAAACACCGCAACUACACAACAAUAACCUACAUUGCUACUGCCCUUCUCUGUGCAUUGUGGUGGAAGAUGGAUUGCAUUGAGUCUGCAGCUGAAAUGAACGCCGCUGUACCCAACCAUCGAAGGACCAAGCCCGGUGGUAAGGACAUAAUUAAUUUUAGCAUAAAGACCGGGGUUGUGAACACUGGUGUUACUGGGCCGACCUCCCAGAUCCCUGGUCUGUCCCAGAGUGCUGAUGAAAGCACUCCGGCGGAGAGGGUCAGCGGGCGGCGAGUUGGGAUAUUUGCCACGGACUCAGACUACGUGAAGCUUGCCAAGGGGGGUGGACACAAAGGGCUGUUGAGUCAUGAUGUUGAUGCUGAUGAAGACAAACCGAGGAAGAUGUACAAUCCACCAACUAGCUGGUUUGGUGGUGAUGAGUCAAAGAGCGGAAGCAAAGCAACGUCUCCCGACAGCCAGAUGAAGGCGGGCAUGCGUACUCUGGCUGCACCGUUUGGCACUGAUAAUGGUUCAUCCUGGGAAAGAGAGACUGAUAGAUUUUCCCCUGAUAAAGAGAAGAUGUCUCCUGAUGGCGUUGCCAAUGAGAUGGAGGGUCUGUCCAUGGCCGGCAAAUACAAGAGAACGUGUUAUGAAAAGAAGGCUCCACCGGUGAGCAUGUCCAAGCUGCUGAGUCAUGGCUAUGUGGAGGAGAAGAAGAAGUCUCCCAAUGACGACGAUGCCUCAAGUGUGACUUCGGAACAGACGAGCACCAUUGAGACGGAGGACGUGGACGAGCUGGAGUAGUGCGCGCAGGUUCUCGUCUCAAGGGUUGCAGGGGGGGUCGUCCUAACACUGGUUCAUGGUUUCACAAAUCCACGAACACGUCACUCCGCCCCUCUUGGAUUCACUCACAUUUAUUGUACAUCCACUGACUGUUAGGUUUUGUACUCAUGUUUAUGCAAAGGUACUGUCCUCUAUUUAUUUGCUUUAAUUUGUAAAAUAAUUGACACGGAUUUUGUUGAGUAGAUUUGUCAGUGCUCGUCGUAUUUUUAUUUUUUUUUCUGUAUUUCUCGAUUUGAAAGACGAGUUGUUCGCAGGGAAGGAAACUAACAUUUUGGGUCCGCAGAGGCUGGUUGAGUGAAACUAAUUUCACCAGCCAGUUUGAUUUUGAACCCAAAAUGAUGCCUCAAAGUGGAGCAAAAAGCUUAAAUUCACCUGCUUUUGGCUGGUGGCUGGUGUUAGUUUCCCUACCUGGUUGUAUGAAGAUCGAGUUAGUGAACUUUAAAAGUGUUUGUGCUAAUGAAAUGUGGUUCCAGUGACGUGACGUAUUAUUUGUUUUGACCUAGGACUCCUGCUCUCUGAACGGGAUGUUAGAGGUUUGUGUGUUUUUGGCUGCGGGGGUGGAUACAGUCAUUCGUUUAGACAGCAACCCUGCAGCUGUGACCACAUGCCAAAGUGCAUACUGAUGGCCACAGCCGCCACGGUUUGUUCGGUUAAAAAGGGGCCAAACGUUUUUUAGGUUGCUGCUCUGCAAAAGGUUGCUCUUCCCUACUAUUCCCCCUACAAUAUUGUUGUUUUUGAGUCCCUAAAAUCAAGAAACAUGCACCAUUUUUAAUUUUUAAGAAUGCCUUUUGUCCAAUAAUCCGAAUAAAAUAAAACUAGUUUUACUAGUUGUUUUAGAUUUUGAAUGCCAGCAGGAGCUACAAGUUACUCUUUAUUCAUUAGGAAGCUCAUCAGUAAAUCAAUCACAAUGCCAAGUGUUUGAUGCCAGUCCAAAUAUGUCAGAAGCUGGCUAAUGAUAGAACUAAAUUGGGUCUAUUCUGCAUGUUUAAGCCCUUUUGGUGCUGCGUUCCCACCCAACCUAAUAACCAAAAACUGGUGCAACAACAGAUAAAGCUGGGGAAUUUAGGGGAAACGGCCACCUUCAGCAGACUGACAAGCUGGAAAGUCAAGUCCGGUGUAAUUCCCUGUGAAGAUUAGGGCGGACGAGUUUUAAAAAGUGAGUUCUGAACAUGCCAACCAAGCAGUUUUUCCCUGCUCAUGCAGUGUUUUGACUUUGUAGACAUCAGUAGGAGAACUUUAGUGUUAGUGCACUGCCUGGCUACACCAAACCCUCCAUCUCAUGACGUGUUUAUCCAUUUUGAGUUUAUUCUGUUCAGAUGAGAGAAAUGGUUACUGCGGCAACGUUUUUGCAACUUCAGUCUUGGGAGCAGUGAAAAAGCAUUUGCUGGUGGUCGAGUGGUUAACAAAGAACAGGAGAGAAAAUGCUUGUAAUUAGAAAUCCACAGUUUUUACAGUAAAUUCUCAAUUAAAAGUAAUCAAAAUGCCUAAAUAUGAGACUCUAAAUACUUACAUUUCUAAUGUAAGUGUUUUAAAAUUAAGGUCUUCACUCAAACAUUCUCACUUUACACAUGUGUGCAGGUCUCAAAAGUCAGUUUCCUAAAAACAAAAAAAAGGCCUUUGAAGGGAUUAAAAAGUCUUAAAUUGAAUUCACAGAAGUCUUAAGUUAUGUUAGUUACAGAAUUUUAUUUUUUGUCUAAAAUGACAAAUUCAUUUAAAAAAAAUAAAUUUGCCAUAGAACGUGAAAAUUGCACAAAUAGUUUUAACUUUUUGUACAGUUUUUGAUUGGUCAAAUUUGGAUUGGACAUAAUUGCAAGGUGAAGCAGAAUUCACAGGGAUUUGUUGAAUUUGUUGUCAACUUCCUGAAGGGAUUGUGGACCGAGAACCACGACCCUUUAGAAACCAAAUCUCUCCAUUUCUUUGCUCUGUGCAGUUCAACUUUUAUUCUAGAUUAGUUUGGACAAUGGCUCACAAAGUUGGCCUUAAAAACCCCCCAAACCACAGCAGAGAGUGGAAAUGCUUCCAUCUCCUCUGCUUUGCUUGUGUGGUUGCGUAAUUAGCUUGACUGUCAGGAUAGCUUCAAAGCAAAUGUCUGUGACAUUUGAUGGACAGUUCAGCCUUGAGUCAUUUAACACUUAUAAUUUUUUUAGCCGUUACUGUGAACCUGAGGGUGACAGUAAACUCCUAAUCCUACAGGGACUAUUUGUCAGGUGAAGAAAAUGCUCUUAAAAUGAAAAGGAUCAGGAUGGUUUAUUUGAGUAUAACAGCGAGAUUAAAGCUCCGAGUUUGUCCUAUAAAUCCAACACGUUCGUCAGCUGCGUCUCAAAAAUGAUGCCGCAAUACCAGACCCUCAUUUGAAAAGAAUUUACUUUAAAACUCUUACAACAGAUGUGUCGUGUUCAACAUGUUUUUAGGGGUUAUCACUAUUUUCAACACACUAUAUUUAAGCAGUGAUACAUAAUUUAUCCGUCUGUGGUAUUAAAAAAGUGUCAAGUGUUGUCCGAACUAGACGCUUUAUUGUGUUUAGUGACACUGGAGUUUUAUUUUGCUGUAUGAAGAAUGGCGAAUGUAUCAUCUUUUGAUAUUGUUUGCUUUGAAGAACAGGUUUAUUUUUAUGACCUGAUGAAUAUUCAGGUGCAGUAUUUACCGUUAAAAACAGUGUUCUCAUCAAGUUUCUUCCUCUUCUUCCAGUGAGUUGGUGGCAUAUCCGUUUACAAACCAACAGCGGGAACUUUUAGUGGCUUAACUCUGCAAAGUCCUCCCUGAAGUCUUGUUACUUGUAUGUCCUCUCUCCCUUUUGCUUUUUUAAAUCUGCAAGUGGUAUUAGUUAAGUUUCUCAAAUGCCAAUGUACCAGAGGAGACUGAAGAAGGCAGCUUUUAGACAGAAGAUCCCUCAAGUGUUUGUAGUGAGGAGAAAACCACCUGACACAACUCAAUGUAAGACCCCACUUAUCUUGAUGACUGCGCACAGACUCUCAAUUAUCAUUUAAAUAAAUGGGCAUGUGCAUGUA